AUGCAGUCUGAUAUACCUCAGCAACCACAAGAAAAAUUAGAUAAUAUAUCCAAAGUAAAAUCGCUAAUAUUGCCUCUGAGAGAGACACUGUCUUUAACUCUCAAAACGGCAGCACAAGCAUUGCAUCAAAACAGUUUAAUAGAUGCAGGUUCUACUAAAGGCGUUGAUGCUGUAGUUCCAAGGUUUGAUAAAAAUUUAGAAGAAUUUUAUUCUAUUUGUGAUCAAAUUGAAUUGCAUUUAAAAACGGCUUCAGAAUGUCUGUCUCAGGGAUCAAGCAGUGCUAGGUAUCUUCAAUUACCUGUAGCUCCAACUCGCACUGAACCGAUUGCUUUUCAGGAUGCAAAUGUCCUUACUUAUCCUCAAUAUUUAGCCACUGUUAGAACUCAAGUUGCAUAUGCCAAGGAAAUUCAUGACAGUUUGACUGCCAGUGCUCAAACAAUUGCACCUCCAGAAUGA